UCCUGAGGCUGAUUUUUUAGCUGAAAUCUUAGCUCCUUCUCACCUUAUUAAUGGCUUUUAAUUCCACUUUUACAUUCUUUUUACUGCUCAUCUACGCCACCACCGCCGCCGUCGCGAUCCCUUUCUCCAUUUUUCUUCUCCUGACGAACACUGAGAGGCAACUCCAAGCAUAGGAGGACCCCAAUUUCUCUCUUUCUUCUGCGACACUGAAGAUUCCCUGUUCUUUCUUCCAACCGAAGCACUUGCAGAUCCGCAGCUUAGUCGAGAUUUGGUUGGACAGAUGGUUUGGGAAUCUGUUUUUCCCUCUGUUCUUGUCAGUCUUCUUGUUCUGGGUUUCAGUGCCCGAGCGGCAUUUUUUUGAAUGGGGCAGUUUUCAAGAUCAAGGCCUUGUCCGAUCCGGGGGUUUUCUACUGGGUGUUUUGAAUUUUGUUCGUAAAAUUUGGCGUUUCUGACAAAUUUGUGUCUCCUCCAAGAAGUGGAUGAUUGCGAUAUUACAUAGAAAUGUCAAGGAUUGCUAAGUGGAAGCUUGAGAAGACAAAAGUAAAGGUGGUCUUCAGGCUUCAAUUUUAUGCCACACAUAUUCCACAAUUGGGAUGGGACAAACUGUUUAUAUCUUUUUUUCCUGCUGAUUCUGGGAAGGCAACAGCAAAGACAACUAAAGCAAACGUGAGAAAUGGAGCUUGCAAAUGGGCUGAUCCUAUCUAUGAAACAGCUAGACUUCUUCAAGACACUAGAACAAAGAAAUAUGAUGAUAAGCUCUAUAAACUCGUGGUGGCCAUGGGCUCAUCUCGUUCAAGCAUCCUUGGGGAGGCUAACAUCAAUCUUGCUGACUAUGCUGAUGCGUUGAAGCCUUCAGCUGUUGAUUUGCCUCUUAAUGGAUGUGAAUCUGGAACUAUUUUACAUGUUACUGUACAGCUGCUUACUUCUAAAACUGGUUUCAGGGAGUUUGAGCAGCAAAGGGAGCUCAGAGAGAGGGGGCUGCAGACAUUCUCCGAUCAAAAUAGUCAUGGUGAAUCUCCUAGUGGAAAAGUGUCACUAACCGAUGAUUCAGUGAAUAAUCAUUCAAAUAAGGUCAAUGCAAGAAUCAGGUCCAAAGAAGUAUGUAAUGAACUCCCUUUACUUGAAGAUGAGGUUGGGCAAAAAGAAGAGUAUGCAGAUUCAGCAACUGGCUUUGACGUCUCUUCCAAUACUUCAGAAAGUUUAUAUGCUGAGAAACAUGAUGUGCAUGAAGUUGACAGCAUAAAGAGCACAGUAUCUGGUGAUCUAGGUGGACUUUCUAUUGGCCAAAGUCCUGGGUCAGAGAAAGGAUACCAGGUUGAUCACCAAUAUUCAGUGCAGGGGUCCAAUAAUUGGGCUCAUAACUGGGGUUCUGACUUUGCUGCUGAUGGUGAACUGGCUACGGCAUAUACAGAAAACAACAGACUUAGAGAAAGCUUGGAAGUAGCCGAGUCCUCAAUUGCUGGGCUGAAGCUAGAGGUAAGCUCUUUGCAAAGUCAUGUUGAUGAAAUGGGUGUCGAAACGCAGAAAAUUGCUUGGCAGCUUGCUACUGAGGCUGCUUCAGGUAAAGAACUGACAGAAGAAGUUUCAGUAUUGAAAUCCGAGUGUUUAAAAUUUAGAGAUGAGCUUGAGAGAUUAAAAAAUUUGCAAUCAAGUCUAUCAGAAUCUAGAAAAGAAAUCAUAGAGACCGACCAGGACAACGUCCGUCAAAAGUUGGAGCCACAAUAUUUAAAGGGACUCUUAACAAUGGAGGAAAAGAUUAGAGAUCUGCUAAACAAGGUUCACUUUGGAUGUCAAGAUAGAGACGUUCGGUUUCUUCUAGCUGACUUGGAGGCCUUACUCUGCUUUCUACAAGAUUUCAGAGAACGAAUGGAACAGGAAAUUUCAAGUGUCAAAGCGAACCAAAAUGAGAUCAGUAAAUUGAACUCCCAAACUAGUCAGAUAUUAGCAUCGGGAACUGGGUUCGAUUCAGACAUUUACCAUACUGAUAACAUGCUUCAUUGUCUUAUACCAGGUCUGAUGUCCUACGAACCCAAUUCUAUAGACGCCUUCAGUUCAAUGAAAGGGAAAAUUUUUGAACUUCUAAGGGAGUUGGACGAGUCAAAAGCAAAACAGGUGAGUCUUGCACAGAAAAUGGACCAGAUGGAAUGCUACUAUGAAGCUUUUAUUCAUGAACUUGAGGAAAAUCAGAGACAGAUGAUUGGAGAGCUGCAGAAUCUCAGAAAUGAGCAUGCAACAUGUAUAUAUACUAUCACGGCUUCGAAGGAUGAGAUCGAAGCACUGCAUCACGAAAUGAGUACCCAGUUAAUGAAGUUUGCUGAAGAGAAGAAGAGUUUGGAUUCCAUCAAUAAGGAACUUGAAAGGAGGGCUACUUGUGCCGAGACAGCUAUGAAAAGGGCACGCUUAAAUUACUCGAUUGCCGCAAACCAGCUACAGAAGGACCUUGAUCUACUAUCUGGCCAGGUCAUGUCCAUGUUUGAGACUAAUGAGAACCUCAUUAAGCAUGCAGUUACUGGUUCUUUACUUCCAAGCAGUCGGGAAUUCUCUGAAAUAGGUUGGAGCCCGAAAAUCGAAUUGGAGGAAUUUUCUAAUGACAAACUCUUGCCGUGUCAAAAUCAUGAAGCAGGGGUAAAGAAAUAUCAUUUAAGUGGAGGUAUUUUCUCUGAGGAUUUGAAAAGAUCUCUCUACUUGCAGGAAGGGUUGUAUCAAAAGGUUGAAGAUGAAGUCUUUGAAGUGCAUUUGGUUAACAUAUACCUGGACGUAUUUUCGAAGACGCUGCAAGAAACUUUGCUUGAAGCAAAUACUGGUUUCAAACUUAUGAAAGAGAGAAUGGAUGAGAUCAGUCAGCAGCUGGAACUAUCAACCAAGUCCAAGGAAUUAUUGUUUCUUGAACUGCAAGCUUCAUCGGAAGAAAUCCGAUCUCUAAAGGAAUAUAAGACUGCAAUUGUUUCGAAGUACAACAAAAUGGGAUCGAAAACUGAAACUUUAGAAGAAAAUUUAUUGAAUGUUACUCGUGAAAAUUCCGUUCUUACCAAGAAAAUAACAGAAUGUGAAGCGUUAGUGACAGAAUAUAGAAGUUUUGAGGAGAAGUAUCAAUCCUGUCUUUUGGAGAAGUUAGAGCUAGAAAAUUCCAUGAUGGAGGAAAGCAUUGAAAACAAAAAUCUUCGUAAUGAGGUUUCGUCUUUGCAUGAAGAAUUGAAAGCUCUUCGAGCUGAAUUUGACUGCCUGGUUUCGGUGAGGGCGGAUCUGCGUAAUACUGUUGAUUUUUCUUAUGAUAAAUUGAAUAAUUUGUUGGCUUCCCAUAACAAAAAUUCGAACGAUCUCUUUUCCUCAAGUGAAUCUGUUUAUGAAAACUUGGAGCCAAACAGCUUAGCAGGCUUGGUCUUGCAAUUUGAAAAUCUCCAUCUUGAUGCAUGCAAGAAAGUUCUUCAGCUCAUGAAUGAGAACAAACAUUUGAUGGAAGAAAGAGAUACGGCUCGAAACUCCUUAAGCAGAGCAGCAUCAGAGAAUCUGAUCAUGAAAGAGAAUUUCGAACGUACAAAACUAGAUAUGAUCAACAGAUUUGAUAAGGCCAAUGAACUGAUUGAAAUGUUGCACGUUGCAAUCGAAUCUGUUUCUGAAAAUAUCAACAGAAGUGAAGCUGGAGAUAAAUUUACCGAGCAGCAUAAAGAACUUCUGUCUGUUCUCGAUCGUGUGGAGGAUGAACUGCAACAACUAAUAUCUAAAAACAAUGGCCUUGAAAAUGAACUGCUGGCACUGAGGUCGGUAGAUGAAGAACUCGGAAGUUGUAAGUUAACCGUCGAGGUGUUAACAAAGGAGAAAAAAGCUCUACUUGAGUCAUCAAUGAAGCUUAAGUUGGAGAUGGAUCGUUCAAAAGAUGAAUCGAAAUCAUUGUCUGAUGAAUUAACGAUCGAGAAAAGUUUCAGAGAUAGUUUAGACAAAAGAAUUAAAGAUCUUGAUGAGCAACUAAACGAGAAGAGUUACAAGUUGCUAGAUUUCGAGAAAAUGAAGUCCGAAGUUGGAAGUCUCAAGCAAUCGAUAUUAGAGCUCGAGUCGGAGAAAUCAAGAGUUGACAAACAUUUACUACAGUCCGAGGAACUUCUUAAGCAUCUUGACCAAGAGAAUUCUUCCUUGGUUUGUUUGGAAAGUCAACUGUCUGAAAUGCAUGAAUUUUCAAUAGCUGCAGAUAUUAGCUUAGUUUUCACAAGAUCUCAGUAUCAUGAACAGCUUGAAAUUCUUUCCCAGAAAUAUCUGUUAUCAGAAAGAGACCUUUUUGCUCUUAAGGAUAAGUAUCUCAGUGUAGAGACUGCUCUUAAUCAUUGUAUGGUCAAUGAAGCACUCCAAGCUGAAGAGAAUGCUAGAUUGUCGAUGAAUCUCCACUCCCUAAAAACAGAGUUGGAUGCCUUUGCUUCGGAAAACAAAACGCUUCUCGAUGGAAACGAAAAACUAACAGCUCAGUCCAAGGAAUUACGAAAUCGGGCAAAACUUUUGGAGGUUACAGCUGAUGCUGAUAGAAGUAAUCAUGCUCAAGAGAUUGAAAAACUGGGGAAAAUGUUGAGGACUUGUGAAACAAAGAUUGAUGAUUUGUUGCUUUGUAAGGAAGAAUUGGAAGUAAGUUUGUUGGUUGUCCGGUCGAAAUUGGAUGAACAGCAUGCUCAUGUGAUCUUGCUCCAAGGCAUGAGCGAUCAGAUGGUAAUCUUGCAAAAUAAGUGUAAUGAUCUAACCCAGAAGCUUUCUGAACAAAUAUUGAAAACUGAAGAGUUCAAAAACCUGUCUACUCACUUGAAGGAGAUGAAAGACAAGGCCGAUGCGGAGUGCCUCCAACUUCGUGAAAAGAAAGAAAACGACGGACCGUCGAACGCCAUGCAAGAGUCUCUCAGAAUUGCGUUUAUUAAAGAACAAUAUGAAACAAAGGUGCAGGAAUUGAAGCAUCAGCUCUCUGUGUCCAAGAAACACAGUGAGGAAAUUCUGUGGAAAUUACAAGAUGCAAUCAAUGAAGUUGAAAAUAGGAAAAAAUCUGAAGUUUCUCAUAUAAAAAGAAAUGAAGAACUGGGAAAGAAGAUCUUGGAGUUGGAAGGUUACUUGAAUGAAGCUCUCUCCAAAAAGCGGGAAGUCGAGAAGGCGUAUGAUUUGAUGAAGGCCGAAAAAGAAUGCUCUGCUAUCAGUCUUGAAUGCUGCAAGGAAGAAAAACAAGAACUUGAAGCUUCUUUAAAGAAAUGUAAUGAUGAUAAACUAAAUUUUUCAAUGGAACUGAACUUGAUGAAAGAUUUACUGGAGAGUUACAAGUUUCAGACAAGCCUGCACAAGGAAGGCAGUGAUGGAAAAUGCACAGACCAAGAUUAUUCAGCUAAUGAGACCAAUAAUUCACAUGCUUUUCCUAAUGGUCAAGGGCAACCCGAGCAGGAUGUUCUGGUGUCAAGAAGUGUUGAUGAACUUCAAGAUAUCUCUCCUGAGAAUCAAGAGGACUCGCGACAUGAGGAGACGAAGCAUUUGGGUCUGGUAAAUGAUAACUUCAGAGUUCAAAGCUUGAAAUUUAGCAUGGACCAUCUAAAUGAGGAGUUGGAAAGAUUGAAAAACGAAAACUCGCUUGCGCACGAUGAUCGUCCUUCUCAAUCCGAGUUUCCUGGUUUAGAACAUCAACUGAUGCAGUUACACAAGGUGAAUGAAGAACUAGGAAGCAUAUUCCCCUUGUUCAAGGAAUUUUCGAGCAGUGGCAAUUCAUUAGAAAGGGUACUAGCUUUAGAGAUUGAGCUUGCUGAAGCGUUGCAGGCAAAAAAGAAACCAAGCACGCAUUUUCAAAGCUCUUUCUUGAAGCAACACAGCGACGAAGAAGCGAUAUUCCGAAGCUUUAACGACAUCAACGAGCUAAUCAAAGACAUGUUAGAUCUAAAGGGAAAGUACACAACUGUAGAGACUGAACUGAGAGAGAUGCAUGACCGUUACUCACAAUUAAGCCUUCAGUUUGCAGAGGUUGAAGGGGAGAGACAGAAGCUCAUGAUGACUAUCAAGAACGUCCGAGCAUCCAGGAAACUUCUAAACGCCAAUAAUCGACCCUCGUGGUCAUCCCAGGGGGAGCAUUCUCCUUCAUAGCUUCUUGGCUUCCUAGAGUGGUCUCUUUAACAAGUUGAAAUUAUAUUUCAGGUCAAAUAUGACAACAAAGGCCUCAUCUUUGACCUUCUGCAUCAUAGCUCCAAGAGCGAUGUCAACAGACAAUACUGUCUCCAGGGACCGAACCGCUACGAGCGUGUAGAGUCAUCUGCACAAGUGAAAAAUGCAACAGUUUUGUGUAAAUAAGAAGAAAGCUUCUGCAACUAUUCAUUCACCAGUGGGUAGAGAGUAUUAUCUAAGUAUAGAUCUUCUCUUAUAUUUAAAUGUAAUCUUUUUUCUGUACAGUAAAUGAAAUACCUUCCAAGAGAAAGCAAUGAAACCAUGUCACUUUUCUCCCAUCUUCUUAGUGGGCCUAGCCCAUGGAUGGGGAGUCACAAACGGGCUAGAUUGCCUUCAACACUUCAUUUCAUUUGUGGGCUUAUUGGGCUCAGGGAUACCACUGCAGUGUUAUUUUGGCAGGCCCAUUAGGCCCAAAGAUAACCUCGAAAA